CCCUCGUGGUCGUAUGCGGCCUUGAUCGGACAGGCGAUCCUAUCUUCCUCGCGAAAACGACUGGCGCUAAAUCAGAUCUAUGCGUGGAUCUCGGCCGCUUAUCCGUACUUCAAACCGGGCGAGAGCGGUUGGAUGAAUUCGAUCCGGCACAACCUCAGUUUAAACGACUGUUUUGUCAAGGGCGAACGAAACGCCGAGGAAAAAGGCGGGAAAGGCUCGGUCUGGAUGGUCGACCCCAAGCUCGAG